UUGGACUAUUGGAUGUGAAUUAAUCAAUGGACCAGGUUCAGUUCAGCUCAAAGCGAUACAUUGGAUGUGCUCUGUGAGGGCGUAUACAUACCACUUAUAGGAGAAAUAUUGGCAAAGCAGUUUAGGAAACAGGCGACACUUUGGAGGAUGGAUUCCAUCUUGUCACUGGGUGCCCCCCUCAAGCAGUUCACCAGCACGUAUGUGACUGGAAAGAGCAGCUUGCCCCCAAAAGGGGCCAAGGACCGCAGAAGCAGCUUCACGCGCCGGAGGAGCAUCAGCAGGCGGAGAAGUAUGCCUUGCACAGGGCAGGAAGUUCCAGACUCACACUGGCUCAGAGUGUACCAGGCUGAACUGAAGAGAGAGAGGAAACGACAACAGGCCGUGCUCGCCAAGAAGAACGCGGAGCGGUCUGUCAGGAAAACCUACUUCAGGAGCCAUCACUGCCUGCCUAGGAAAACAACCACGACCAGAAAACCAGCAACGAAAAAGGAGGAUUCUCUCUUUGGAGCCUUCCAGAGCCUCAGUCUGGAUGGUGUGAUUGGAGGUGUGACUACAUCUGCUGCAGCAGGGGGAGACCAGUGCAACGUCAUGUGAACCACUGAAUGACCCCUUUACUGACAACAAGGAGCCAGCUGACAAAAAGUUCCACUUACAUGGCUUGUCAUUUAUUUAAACACAAAUGCCAAAAUAACCGCAGCAAGAUGACAUUAAAUGCAGCAUCGUGAAGUAGCUGCCAAUGUGGACAUAUACAGUGAUAGACACCACAAAAAAGAUUGGCUUCUUAAGACCAACUUUUAUUUUAUGUAUAUAAAAAAAAUGUCACCAACCAUUUGGUUGUUUCCUAAGAUAUGGAAGCUGUACUAUUUACUUACAUGAGGCAGGUAUAAUCCAAGAACGUGUGAAUGAGGGGGGGGGGUAUAAGGGGUACACGGUAUGGAAAACAUCAGGUUUUAAGUUAAUCAAGUCCCAUUUUUACAUCAUUCUCUCUGCUCCAUCUUUACUUUGGGGGGCUUGAGGAAGGACCGGUUCUUCUUCUCCUUGCUCUUGCCUUUAGCCUGGAACGUCCUCCAACUGUCCACACGGCCAUCUCUUGUUUCCUGUGAAGUGUUAUCACACGAUUACCAAAAUGGUUAAACAACAACAAAAACAUGCACUAAACUACAUACUAUUAAACAGUAAAAUUACCUCGAA